AUGACUUUACGAACUCCGAUGAAGAAAAUACAGUUUGGUUCGCGAGAUUUACUUGGUAAUGGUGGUGGCUGUCCUGUUGAGGUCUUCUGUCGUUUGCGACCACCUAAAGAUCAUAAUAAUGAUCAAGAAAUAGAUAAUUCUUCUUCAUCUGUUAAAAUUUCAAGUUCAACAGAACUUACUCUUUACUCGUCUGAGAAUGCUAAAAAUGGUCAAAUUCGAGAAUCUCAUUAUGAAUUCACUCAUAUUCUUACUGAUGAUGUUUCCCAAUCAGCUGCUUUUAAAGAAUUGGCCAUACCUCUUCUUGAUGAUUUUAUUCAAGGAAAAAACAGUGUAUUAUUUACAUAUGGUAUAACGGGUUCUGGAAAAACUUAUACAAUGAUGGGACCAUUGAAUAAUCCUGGUUUAAUUCCACGUUCAUUUGAUGUUAUUUUUAAUUCAAUUGGGUCAUAUCUUGGAAAGAAAUAUCUUCUUCGUUCUGAUCGUCAGAAUGGUUAUGAAAUUCAAAAUGAAGCUGAAAUUUUACUUGAACGACAACGAAAAGAAAUUCCAAUAACGAAACCGAAUAAUAAUCAACGUGCAAAAGUUUUUGAACCAGCGAAUACUCGUACAUUAGAUAUGACAUCGAUAUGGAAUGCACAAUUAAAUGAAAACUGUUCAUAUUUUGUUUUUGUUACAUUUGUUGAAAUUUAUAAUAAUUAUAUAUAUGAUUUAUUUGAUGAUGAUAUUCUCAAUAAAGCACCACAAUCGAAACAAUUACGUGAAGAUAAUCGUGGACGACCUUAUAUAAAAGAUGUUAAAGAAAUUGAAGUACGUUCAAGUGAAGAAGCUAUUGAAUUACUUAAUAUGGGUUUAAAACGUCGUCGUAUUGCACAUACACAAUUAAAUACAGAAUCAAGUCGAUCACAUAGUGUUCUUUCAAUGCGUCUUGUUCAAUUUUAUAAUGAUAUUCCAUUGACAUCACUUACAAAAGAUGAUCUUACAAUAAGUACAAUUCAUUUGGUUGAUUUAGCCGGAAGUGAACGUGUCAAUCGAGCAAAGACUGUUGGUGAACGCGUGAAAGAAGCGAGUAAUAUUAAUUCAUCGUUAAUGGUUCUUCGACAAUGUUUUGAAGUUUUAAGAGAAAAUCAAGCACAAGGUACAAGCAAGAUGGUACCAUAUCGUGAAUCAAAAUUAACAUCAUUUUUUAAGAGUUAUUUUGAUGGUGAAGGUCGUAUACGAAUGAUUCUUUGUGUCAAUCCAACUGCUGAUGGAUAUGAAGAAAUUCAACAUGCACUUAAAUUUGGUGAAUUAACCAAAGAUGUUAUGGUACCACGUGCUUUGCCUCCUCCUCCACCACCACCUCCAGUUCCACCUAAAGUAAUUCGUGGUCAUGCUAUUUUACGUGAAGUCGAUAAUCAACAACAACAAUCUGUACCAUUUCUCUUUACUGAAUUCAAUGCACAAGCUUUAAUUGCACAAUUUCCCCCACUUGAAUAUUCUCUAUUGGAUGGUGUUGGUGCUGAUGAAGCUAUGAUAAAUCUUGAAGAACAUCUUCGACGACGUAUUGAUGAACGACAUCGACUUAAUAUGUUAAUUCAUGAACAACAUGAUUAUUUACAUAAAUUUACUCUUGAAUUAACGUCUGAUUAUGAUUCAACGAUAUCUGAUCAUGACGAAUUAAUUAAAGAAAAUGAACAACAAAGUAAAACAAUUCGUCAUUUACAAACACGUAUUAAAUUAUUAGAAAAAUCUCAAAAUGAUUUUUAUAAAACAACAAAUCAAAUGGAACGUGAAAAUAAAACAUUAAAAUCAAAAAUUGAAGAUCGAAAUAAUGAAAUUAAAUCUUUAAAAGCUGAACGACGAAAAGAUAAAAUUGAUUUUGAAAAUAAAUUAAAAAUAAAAAUAAACGAACUUGAACAACAAUAUCUUAAUGACUUAAAAACUAAAGAAAUACAAAUGCGUGAAAUUGAACGACAACAUGAUGAUAAAUUAAAUAUCAUUCGAUCAAUGGCUGCAACGAAUACAAAUACUCCAACGAAUGAAAAUGUUUAUCAAAAUCCCUUAUCAGCACGUAAACGAUGUCAAAGUGAAGAACGUAUUCUUCAAGAAGCACCAACACAAUCACCUUCGUCUCGUCAGGCUCCAGCUGUACCACCUAAACGAUUUCGUACAUAA